GGUAUCCAGAAGGUCUUCUACCCUUCUUGUGACUUUAAAGAUCAUUUGUUAGCUGAAAAAAUAACCUCCAAGUUUACUUUAAUUACGGAAUUGAAACUUCCUGUAAUCACCUAAUCUUCUCACGGUCUCGCGCCGCGCCAAAUAUUUGAACUCAGCAAUCUCUCUCUCUCUCACUCACUCACACAAACACACACAAAUUCUCGAUCUGUUCUUCCGCACAAGUCACAAUAGUUCAUAAAAGCAUCGAAGAUGAUGUAUUUCAACGAAUCAGAUCGUCGACAAGAGUUCGAAUCUGAACGUUACUCGUACACUCCACAUCAAUCAUCAUCUCCAAAAUGCGCACAAGGUCAUCGUUCGUCUCUCAUGCUCCAAACCCUAGAAGGCGGUUCAAUCUGCUUAGUCUGCUUCAGCAAUCUCAUCUCAAACCCUAGCUCUCCCACAAUUCACGUAUCGUACGCUCUCUCUCAGCUCUCUCAGGCCAUUUCUCAACCACCAUUCCUUCAGAGUCUCCUCACCUUUCACGCUCACUUCCUUGUCUCUCCUCUCGUCAAUGUCCUCUCUGAGUUUGACGAUGAACCGAUCGCUCGCCAAGCCACCGAUCUCAUCUCCGAGCUCUCUAAUUCCUGUGAUUCUUCGGUGUGUGGUGAUUUUGUAUCUCGGAUUGCUGAUCGACUCUCCUCGGGUGCAUUGGCGUGGAGUCGCCGCCAAGUCUACACGCUUCAUUGCUUAGGCAUUCUGUUGGAUUUUCAGAAGAAUAAUCCCUUUGCCCACAUCAAAUACAAAGAUGCCCUUAUUUUCAACCUUGUUACAGGUCUUCAAUUGCCUAGCGAAGAGAUCCAAGGGGAGAUCCUGUUUCUUCUGUACAAAAUAUCCAUCCUCCAGCAUGCAAACAUGGACGAUGAUGUGACUGAUGUUCUAUUUGCCUCCUGUCCUAAGCUCUUGCGCUUGUCGUUGGAAGUCCUCACAAAGACUCAAAGUGAUGAUGUUCGCUUGAACAGUAUAGCGCUUUUGACGGUGUUGGCUCAGAGAGGGUUUUUUGAGAAUGCACGUGCAAAUGACAUGAGCAGCAAGAAUUCCUGUGAAGCUGACAACUUCAUGCAGACAACAGAGCAUGUCAUAGAUGGGUCUCCUCUGAAUAUCUUGUUUGCUGAAGCCAUCAAGGCGCCACUGCUUUCUUCAGACAGCCAAGUACAACUCGGAACAUUGGAUUUAAUCUUUCUGUAUCUGUCAUGGGAAGGUGGUUCAGAAAAAGAAAUUCAAGUGAUGGUGGAAGAAAACAUUGCAGAUUAUGUAUUUGAAAUACUAAGAUUGUCAGGGUGCAAAGAUCCAGUUGUCAACUCUUGCCUUCAAGUUCUUGAUCUUUUAUCAACAUCCGAGCAAGCCUUCAGGCAUAGGCUUGCUAUUGGGUUCACAACUCUGGUUCCUGUCCUGCGUUAUGUAGCUGAAGUUCCUUUUCAUCCCGCUCAAACUCAGGCACUGAAGCUCAUAUGGAGCUGUGUUUCAAAUUGCCCUGGAAUAGUAUCCACUUCUCAUAUUGAAGAACUCAGCCUUAUCUUGACUGGGAUGCUUAAAAAACAUAUUGAUGGGGAGAUAGGCAUGCAUCCAGAUACAUUCACUACAGCCUGCUCAAUCCUUGUAGCUCUUAUGAAAUCUCCAUCUUCUCAUGGGUCUUCAAAUUUCUUGACAGCAGUUCGUGAUGCAACGACAAAUGCUGUUUUGACCUGUUUGAGCCUCUAUAGAAAACAUCCCAGCCAACUUUUGCACUCCCUCUACCUACUGAAGGAAGCAUAUGCAUACAGUCAUGAAGGAAACUUCAGCAACUCCUGUGAUGUGGAACUUAAGAAUUGUAUUUUAGAUGUAUGUAAAACACAUUUAUUGCCUUGGUUUAAAACAGCCAUCAGUGAAAUGGAAGAGGAAGACAUUGUGCUGGGAGUACUUGAAACUUUUCAUUCAAUACUGCUUCAGGAUUCAGAUAACCAAGCAACGGAAUUUGCAAGGAUUCUGGUCUCAUCCUCUUGGUUCAGCUUUUCAUUUGGAUGUUUAGGCUUAUUUCCUACAGAAAAGAUGAAGUGGAGAGUUUAUCUGAUGUUCAGUUCAAUUGUCGACUUGCUUCUGGGAAACUGUUCUGGACAACCCAUUAGAGAUGCAGCUUCACAUAUGCCGUCUGAUCCUAUAGAUAUGAUGUUUCUACUAGGGCAGAAGAGCUCACACAAUUUAGAAUUGUUUUCUUGUCAAUCUGCAAUUCUGCUGAUACUAUAUAGCAGCUCUCUGUAUGAUGAUAGACUUGCAGAUGAGAAGCUGAUGUUGGCUUCUCUGGAGCAAUACAUUCUAAUCAACAACGGUGAAUUCCUUUAUGGGGCUGCGGACACUGUGAAAAUUGAGCUACUGGUAAAUCUUUAUAGCCUGUCUAGGGGUCUUGCCAAGAUGAGCUACCAAAUGCCCUACAGUCUGGAGGCUGAAAGGAUCUUGUUUCACCUAGUCACUGAAAAAGAGUGUGAUUUGCUUUCUACAAGAAUUCACUGGACAUCGCUAAAAUGGUUGUUUCAACAAGAGAAAAUUUGCAAGCCAUUGUCUAACCAGAUCCUAAAGUUGUGCAGAUGCAAUUGCUCGGAUGGAUACCACAUUGUCAUCCAUGGAAGUAAUAGCCAAAACAUAGAUGUACGUGCGAUUGCACAGCUGGUAGCAUCAGGAGAUAACUUUGCAGCAACACUUCUGGUAUGUCUAUUAAAAGAACUCAUAGAAGAAGGCCAAGAGCAUGACAUCAUUUCAGUAGUAAAUACCUUGUCAGCAAUCAUUGACAUCCUCCCAGCUGCUUCAGAUCAAUUAUGCUUACAUGGUAUAGGCAGUGCAUUCCAGAAUCUUUAUCAUCAUUCACGACAUUAUUCUUCCCCACAGAGAUUCAUGGUCAUCUCACAACUAAUUUUUAGGAUUAUACAUUCAGUGCGCUCUGAAUCACUUUGUGAUGAUGAAGCUUGGCUUGUGGUUACAAUGAAGUUGAUGGACUACCUGAGUCCCACAGUUGCUGCAGACACAUGGACUGAAGAAGCUCUUGUAGUCGUUGGCAUUCUUUCCUUGAUUUUGUACCAUUCCACCAAUCAAGCACUAGUAGAAGCUUCAAAAACUAUACUCCUUAGUAGUCCCUUAAUCUCUGCAGUUAACAACGCAAUCCAUGUAGCCUGUUCAAAGGGACCUGCUUUAGUUGAUCAUGAUGAGGAAACGAAAACCGGAGAAACUCUGAUAUUUGUGCUUUUACUACACUUCUUCUCAUUGAGAAGUGUGCACGCUAUUCUACCAGGGAGUCUGGACUGGCAAAAUUAUUUUGAUCAAGCCAAUGGAAAGCAGCCACUAUCCUUCAUAAGCAUUCAUUACCAUGACUUGUGCAGACUCGUGCAUUUUGGGUCUCCGGUGGUGAAGCUGGUUGCUUCGUGUUGCCUGUUGGAGCUGUUUACCAGAAUAUCAGACCAGAAGAAUAGAAUACCAGUUAUGUCAAAAUCCACCACAGGAAACCUAUUGUCCGUAAUGGCUGUACUAGAAGGCCAACUCUUUUGCAGUGAUAUUAAAUUGGCUCUGAGCUGUGGCUUCUGUUUAUCAAAGAUUCUCGGGUGGGAAAAGCUUGACACUGAAGCACAAGUUGUCAAAAGAAACAAUUGGUUCAGGCUGAUAGUUGAAGAGCUGGCAAUGUCUUUGGCAGCUCCAUGUUUGGGAUCAAAAUCAUUUAUGAUUCAUCACAGCCCCGCAGUUUCUGUGGCUGUAGCAUUGCUAAAACUGCAAAAGGUUCCUGCAUGGAUGAGUUCUGUGUUCGACGAUUCUUGCAUAUCAGGAAUAAUUGAAAACCUUUCAGUUAGUAAUGUCAAUGCUGAUAUUGUGAUUUUAUUCCGGGAACUACUGAACUCUGGAUACUUGAAGUCUCAGCAAAUUGCUAGUUUGAAUCACAUUUUCCAGGCAUGCAGGAAACGUAUAUACAUGGAUGAUACUCAAAAUGCCACCAAAAAGGAGAAUACUGAGAAGGUGAUUGCCAUCCCAGAUAAUUUAGGAAAUGUCUGUGAGCUUCUCAUUGGCCUCGUGUUAUCCCAAUCGUCUCUGGUUAUGGAUUCUAAGGGAUCCAAAAUUAGGAAUAAGAGAUUGUUAGAAGAAAUAGAAGUGUUCUCCAGAAGUCUAAUGGAAGAGGAUGAUGGCUAAGGAGAUCUCUUUAAUAAUCGACUUCCUCAAAUGUUGCACUAGAAUCCUCAUAAGGAAUUUGCUACGGUGAGCAAGGUCCUUUCUAAAAAUGUACAUUCGAGAGGAGAUCGAGAAACACACGCAUAAAGUUACAUAAAUACAUACAUGCAAGUGUAUAAAAGAUUGAGCAUAUCAAAGAAGUUGAAUACAAGAAUUGAAAUUAUAUAUGUACUUGCAUGUGUGCGUACAUUCAAUUGAAAUGGCUUUGCUGGUAUGUGUGUACAUUCAGUUGAACAAGGAGCUUCUUCCAACCCACAAA